AUUAUGUACACGUCGAAUUCACGCGAAGUCGAACAGCGAAAUGUCGAUUGUGGAGUUCUGUCCACGAAGUUUCUCCUCUUACCAAGAGACUUAUUCCUCCCCUAAAAUGUGGCAAUACAUGUAUUUUAUUGCAGUAUUUAUGAUAACUGUCUUUGGGACGUGUUGGUGUGUGGAGCACGAUCUGACAAUCGUUGUACCAGCUGGUAGGAGGGAAUGUUUCCACCAACACAUCAAAGCCCAGAAAACUUUAGAUUUCGAGUUCCAGGUCAUUGAAGGUGGAGACAUGGAUAUAAAUUUUAUAUUGAGGACCCCAACCAACAAAGCCCUGGCUACUGAGGCACGCAAGCAGGAGGGAAUUUAUACGUUCAGCACUCAAGAGACUGGGGACUAUCUCUUUUGUUUUGACAACUCUUUCAGUAGGAUGUCAGAAAAGCUGGUUUAUUUCGACUUGGCCUUAGACUACGAUGACGAAGAUGAAGUGUUGAAGAAGCCUCCGUGGAUGGAUCUGAUGACAGGAGUUGGAGGGACUGACACGGCAGAAGUACGACUCGAGGAAAUCCAGACGUCGCUAGGCAUCGUCAGAGACAACCUGCACAAAUCGGUCCAGACGCAGCGCCUACUGCGCAAUGUGGAGUUUCGCGACCGCUUCAUCGCCGAGCGCAACUACGAGCGCGUCUCGUUCUGGUCCAUCCUGACGACCGUGGUGAUGUUGGUGACGUUCCUCAUCCAGGUCAUUAUGAUCCGCAGUCUCUUCAGCUCUCACACGGGGGGCAAGACCGCAACGAAGACAUGAUGACGCGCGACGGCGGCAGAUCUGAUAGUGAAGGGUCCAGGAAGUGGGGAGGGGGAAUUGUCUAUGAACUCGAAAUGCCUUCAUUCAUCAUUGGAAUGUUUCUUUAGGGAACACAGUGUAACCAUAGAAUGCGCUUGUUUUUCCAACUUGAAUAGUCCCUGUUCGCAUGGUACACAGUGUGCCGUGACUGAACUCUGCUUGACAUCUGAUUGAAAUUGAUUGAAAUUCCAUGCGACCGCUCGCAAUUACUCGAGACCUGCCGGCAAAACCUACAUUUAUAUGCGACAGUUCAUUGGGAACAAAGGACGGCUGAAGUUGACACCACUGAAAAUCGGUCAAAAUAUGCACAUGUACAUGUAUACUCAUCACACAUUAAUUUGUGUGAAAUUGCUUUAGUCAAAGUUCUGUUAGAGAAAAGCCAAAAAUUUUCAUUGCUUUUGACAGUUUGCUACAUGACCUGUUGGUGCGAUUGGUUGCGCAUUUGCAACUGUGAUCGAGAUGAAAAUUGGGUUUAAGCAAGUAAUUGAACGGAACGGAUCCUUUUAGAUGAACACGUUAGGAUGUGCAGAAGGAUAACUAGACAGAAACGGGAAAGGGGGCCAUCCGUGCAUAGCAAAGGACAGCCCCCAAAGACAGCCUCUGCGUUGUUGAUGACCAGCUGUCCGAUUGCUAGCAUUUCUGGCAAGCCUUGUGUUUCGAGACAUUCCACUGUAUGAAGUUUGGGGGGGGCUAUAAAAAGUGGAGCAGAUGCAAUGAGAAAUAGCGGUCAUUACGUGAAGCAAUUUUUGUAGAAUUUCUUAGUUGACAUUUUUGUGUGUUUUUUUGGUUUUGAUAAAUAGGAUGGUUAUUCGAAUCCUGCCCCCUUUUACUAGUGUGUAUUGCAUGAUCUGUUUUUGCUACUUUUUUAAAACUUGUUCACUGGAGGGCUGAAAUUUUCAAGUGAAACAUAAACACUGCAGUGUUCCAAACUUUGCUCGACUAUUUACAUUAUUUGAAAAGAUAAAGUUAAUUUGAAUGUUUAAGAAUUUUUUCUUUCAGUACACGGUUUAAAUGGGAAGUUCUCACAAAAUUGUAUUAUGUGGUCACAAGACACUCGCGUCCCAUGUCAGAAAAGUAAACCGAUGGUAUUUUAACAAUUGGUUAUAUCAGUACAUGUAUAUACAAUAUUGUAAAAUAAUGAUUUUCGCCGCGAACGCCUUGAUUAAAGGCUGACAACUAGGCCAAAGGUCGCGACACAUCAAAAUCAGAAACAAACGUUGCAAUAAAAAUGAGCACUGUGCAUGUAAUGUUCGAGAAGAACAGUUUACAAAGUAACGGUGGACUUACAUGGAGCGUGCGAUUUUUCUCAGAUCUUCAUUUGAUUUUUGCAAAAUGUUCUGGUUCAGCCAAAAUGCCAGGAUGAUUUAAUCACGGUACCUGGUUCUGCAGUCAGUGUGAGCCCUGCUGUCACUGUUAAACCAGAUUUUUCAGGGCAUGAUUCAUCCUUUCGCUCUCCAUGUAGCAAG